GAUUAACUGGGUGUGACUGCUCUGCUCCAGAACGGAGAGGGGUGAGGUGGAACUAGAAAGGUAAAGCUACCUGCAACCCCUCCCCCACAGCCAGUGUCUCAGGUGGAGCUCAGCCUUCGUUUGUCUGCAGCAGUUUCCAUCCAGCUUCACACAACGUCCAACAAACGCAAACGGUGAAUCAUGGUGUUCCACCCAGAGUUUGAACGUGCAGGUCGGAAGGCGGGGCUUCAGGUGUGGCGGGUGGAGAACAUGGAGCUGGUGCCUAUACCUGAGAGUCUGUAUGGAGGGUUCUACAGCGGAGACGCUUACCUGGUUCUCCACAGCACUGAGACCCGCAGAGGAAACCUGCAGUAUGACCUGCACUACUGGCAAGGUUCAGAGUGUUCUCAGGAUGAGAGUGGAGCCGCAGCCAUCUUUGCAGUCCAGAUGGACGACUUCCUGCAGGGGGCGCCCAUCCAGUACCGCGAAGUCCAGGCCCACGAGUCCAGUACCUUCAGUGGGUACUUCAAAACUGGGCUCAAGUACAUGAAAGGCGGCGUGGUCUCUGGGUUCAAACAUGUGGUGACCAAUGACGUGGAGGUUCAGAGGCUGCUGCAGGUGAAAGGUCGAUGCGUCGUCAGGGCGACAGAGGUUCCUGUCACCUGGGACAGUUUCAACCAGGGCGACAGUUUCAUACUGGACCUAGGGGAGGAAAUCAUCCAGUGGUCUGGUUCUCAUAGCAACCGUUUUGAGAAGCUGAAGGCCACGAUGGUGUCCAAGGGUAUCCGUGACGAGGAGCGGUGUGGGCGGGCCAAGCUGCUGAUCUGUGAUGAGGGGGCGGAGCCAAACAGGAUGCUGGAGGUCCUCGGGGAGAAGCCGGAGCUUCCUGAAGCUCACAAUGACGACACCAAGAUGGAUGCCUCUAACAGGAAGGAGGCUCAGCUCUACAAGGUGUCUAAUGCAGGUGGGGACAUAGAGGUUACCAUGGUAGCAGAGCAGAACCCAUUUUCCCAGGAUGCUUUGCAGUCCAGCGAGUGUUUCAUCCUCGACAAUGGAGCCAACGGACACAUCUUUGUCUGGAAAGGUAAGGAUGCAAACACUGAGGAGCGUCACGCUGUUCUGAAGAGCUCAGAGCAGUUCAUCCACAAGAUGAACUACCCAGCACACACACAGGUCCAGGUCCUUCCUGAACAUGGGGAGACUCCACUCUUCAAACAGUACUUUAAGAACUGGAUGGACCCUGACGACACCAUUGGCAUGGGAACGGCCUAUGUGACCAAUCAGAUUGCAAAGAUUAAGAUGGUGCCAUUUGACGUGUCUAAGCUCCACCAAUCAGAGACCAUGGCAGCGCAGCACGGUAUGGUGGACCGAGGAGACGGAGAGAAACAGAUCUGGCGUAUUGAAGGAUCAGAUAAGGUUCCGGUGGAUCCGUCGGUCUUCGGUCAGUUCUAUGGAGGAGACAGUUACAUCAUCUUGUACCAGUACCGGCACAACAACAGACAGGGUCACAUUAUCUACAUAUGGCAGGGGGCAGAGUCUAGCCAGGAUGAGGUUGGCGCAUCGGCCAUCUUGGCUGUCCACAUGGAUGAUGAAUUGGGAGGUGGUGCUGUACAGGUGCGAGUAGUUCAGGGAAAAGAACCCGCCCACCUCAUGAGCCUGUUUGGGGGCCAGCCAAUGGUGGUGUACAAGGGCGGAACUUCCAGAGAAGGUGGACAAUCAGAGGGGACAGAUACCCGCUUGUUCCAGGUUCGAGCCAAUCCAGCUAGGGACACCAGAGCUGUGGAGGUGGAUCCGUCCUCCUCCAGUCUGAACUCCAGUGAUGUCUUCCUCCUGGUCUCCCCCUCUGGAUCCUGGAUGUGGAAAGGGAGGAGGAGCAGCUCAGAUGAAGUCAAGGGAGCUGAAGGGCUGGCAGGGAUCCUGCAGGUGACCCCUGCAACACUGGAGGAGGGGGAGGAGGAAGAUGCAUUCUGGGAUGCACUAGGGGGGCAGGAGGAAUACUGUCACUCCCCCCGGCUGAAGAACAAGAUGGAGACUCAUCCUCCUCGUUUGUUUGCCUGCUCCAACAAGACUGGAAAUUUCCUGAUGGAGGAGGUUCCAGGUGAGCUGACGCAGGAUGACCUUGCUCCUGAUGAUGUCAUGAUCUUGGAUACCUGGGAUCAGGUGUUUGUUUGGAUCGGAAACGAGGCUCAUGAUGAGGAGAAGAGGGAGGCCACAGUGUCAGCUGUCCGGUACAUAGAGAGUGACCCAGCCAGCAGAGACGCUCGUACCCCCACAGUGACGGUGAAGCAGGGAUUUGAACCACCAACCUUCACUGGCUGGUUUCUGGGCUGGAACCAUGAGUACUGGAAUGCUGACCCGCUGAAGCGCCUCACUGAGUAACUGUGACAGAAUAUCAUCACUUCCUGUUUAGAAAUAAUGAAGGUGCUCUGAGUCUCACUGCUCUAAUAAAACUUGUCUGUCUGACUA